AUGACCGUUACAUUCGAGUCCCUUCCCGUCGAGCUAAUAGCAGAAAUUCUCGGAGAGCUGGACUUGGAAUCUUUGAUAAAAACAUCUUAUCUAUCCCGCAGAAUGCUUGCCAUCACGUCAGAUUCGUCAUUGAACCCAUGGAGGCGGCCCAUUCUGCGCAAUCUUCGUUCCGCGACUUACGAAGACUGUCUUAGUCAUCUUAGCGUUCGACAGACCGUCCCAAGGCAAAACUGGAUUGAAAUCCUCAGCUUGGCCCGUCCCUCAUUCAUUCUAUACGACGCUACGCUACCCAAUCUAAAGGCGGCUGAUUGGGAGGAAUGCUUUAAUCGUCGGUUCCUCCCUGGCUGGAAAAAGUGGAAGAGGGACGAUGCAUCGUGGAGAGAAACUUUUAUAAAGCUAUUGCACAGAGUCUGGCAUCGCAGUCAGACAUCUUGCACCGCGGAUGAAUCUUGGACUAGGUAUAUUGUGCUCAAUCGGAACGGAUCUGCGAACGAAUUAGAGGCUUCCUCGAGGGCAUUCAACCCGGUAGCUAUCUUCAAUGAUAUGAAGCUACAAAGCAACCUUGCGCAUCUAGAGACCCGGAUCAGACUCGUGGUGACACUUGCGGACGUUCGUAUACUGGCUUUCGGAACUUUGAAUCGACCCCGGAGUACACUGAUGGUCAAUCCGAAUGCCCACAUAUUUUUGCAUCCUCCAGGGAUUGAAGCGGAUGAGACUGAUAUCAACCCAAGGAUACAUAGGACGAAUCAUCAUGUCACGGACCAUGGCGUCUAUCCCAUGGGCGAUGAACUGUCAGAUAAUCAACUUACAUAUCAGGUCGCAUACGACAGCUACACUCGUUUGACCCAUCCUCUUCCGGCAGUCUCCCAUUUCGAUUACCCGUGGUUUACACCCGGGGGCAGCGACAAGCGUUGGCUGGGCUCCGGUGAAGAAGAAGAGGAGGGUCUUUGUUGGGUAGGCGGCUUGAUGGUAGUCGCUCAAAUCGUCGGACCUAAAACAUACGAACGAUCCGGCGACUGGUCGCCAUUGCAAGACUUAGACCUUGUGCUGGGUCCAGGACGUCAGCAAUACGUGUCAUUUACAUGGAAUGACCUCAACGCAAUAGCUCCUUGGAUGGAGGAGCGUAUUACCAAGAAGAUCAACGGGCCUGGUCUGGGUAUCUAGCGAUCGAUUUAAUUGUGUUAUUGUCAUAGCCGGAGACUGUCCAGGAACGCCUUUCGCACCGCCGGUCGCUAACGCUGCGCUCGAUAUACACGUGUGCACAAAGUAGUAUUAGGCUUCCUUUAUGAGCCGAGGUGAGACAUCGUAUAUUCAGACAAAUGACAGAAAGG